AUGGCGGACUGGUUGAUUGGCGCUUUUCUGUACAUCCGAACACCUCUGCACCACAUUUGUGUAUGCUGUUUGAGUUUCUAUUAUCAGUUCCCGAUCCAACAAGGCUUCGCGAAUGCGGCCCUCAACCCUUACCUCAUUGUUUUUUUUUCAUUGUGCCCCCUUUUCCUGACCUUCGCCCAAUGUUUGUCUGUCCCCAUGUACGGACAGGGGGCCACUACCACAACGACCGACUCUCUGAGGCCUCCGGCGCCAUCAGCGCAAAUUUACUUGUCGGCUUCUCCGAGCAAAGUUGCCAGUGCGGCUAUCCCCUUCACCGACUCGGUAUCUGAGGCACGGGCUGCUGAGUCCAGUUUUAGAGGACCCGUGUUCGACACAUCUCUUGUAUCCGGGGCCCCAGUUGGCCCUCAUCAGAUGCGGUUCUACCAGCCAUACGUUGAACACGCAGGACUAGAGGAAUCCGAACUUCUUCACCUGGAUCGAGUGAAUUCAGGCAAGCCAUCUUAA